AUGAGCACUACGGACACUGAGAAUAGCAAGACCCCGGAGAACAAGGGUAUGGAGAGUCAACCUGUGGAGAGCAAAACUGCGGAGAGCAAGACCACGGAGAGCAAGAUCACGGAGAGCAAGACCACGGAGAGCAAGCUUGCAGACAGCAAAUCUGUCAAAGGUGAAGUCACUGAAAGCAAAAGCCCAGAUAGGGAAGCGCGGCUUCCCCUUUACCUAUUCAUUGAGGAUGUUGAAACGCUCGAACAUUAUCAACCAGGAGGCUAUCACCCUGUGAAAAUUGGCGAUUAUUUCCAUAGUCGAUACCGAGUGAUCCACAAACUUGGAUAUGGCUCCUAUUCCACUAUCUGGCUCGCCCGCGACGAAGAACUUGAUACUUUCGUUGCGUUAAAGAUUUGCGUAGCAAAAUCGAGCCUAAGGGAGAUGGAGAUCUUGAUCAUGCUACAGCUCCAUCGAGCCGUCUUAUCCCAGAAUCCCGCAAAUGCAAUGAUCAAAGCGAUGAUCCCGACAAUACUUGACAACUUCACCAUUCACGGCCCAAAUGGAAGUCACCCAUGCUACGUGACCGCCCUGGCCAUGGCAAGUCUGUCAGAUACGAAGGAGGCUUCACGGAAGCGGCUGUUCAAACCUGAUGUAGCCCGGUCGUUGGCUGCCCAACUGGCCCUUACUCUUGAUUACGUCCACGCACAGGGAGUUGUUCAUGGAGACUUACAUCUGAGAAAUAUUCUUUUGAAAGUCCUACCCGAGCACCAAGAACUCACUAUCGAACAACUAUACAACAAGUAUCGACCUCCAGAGCUUGAGCCAGUUAUUCGUCUAGACGGUAACCCACUUCCUCCAGGUGUCCCUACACACGGAGUUCAAUAUAUAUGGCUCGGAAAGCGCAGUGAAGAUAUCAUGCGCUCUGAAGCCAGACUCUUACUUUCGGAUUUCGGUGAAUCUUUCAGACCCGCGACAGAACCUAAGUAUCACUCGAACGCACCUCUGAUUGUUCGCCCACCCGAGGCCCGAUUCGAACCAGAGAAACCACUUUCCUUCUCUUCUGACAUCUGGUCACUCGCCUGCGUGAUAUGGGAGAUCAUUGCUCAGCGCUCGUUAUUCGAAGGGUGGUUCAUGACCGAUGAUGAUAUGACACGUGAACAUGUUGAAGCUCUCGGAAUCCUGCCUCCAGAGUGGUGGAAUAAGUGGGAAGCUCGCCGCGACCAUUUCCAGGAGGAUGGCACGCCACUUAGUCAAGAAUAUCGACCCUUGAAUCUUCGAUUUGAGGACAGCGUGCAAGAGCCCAGAACAAAGAAUGGAUUAUCCCCCUUGGAUGCUGAAGAAAGAGACGCGAUUCUCAAAAUGGUGCGACCAAUGCUCUCUUUCAGACCUGAGGAUCGUCCAAAUAUGCAGCAGAUUCUCAAGUCCGAAUGGAUGGUCAAGUGGGCUUUACCAGAGUAUCACAAGCUCAUUGACAACGCAUCCAUAAGCCACGGGCUGCCUCCUGAGGAACCACAGACAUCCCAUGAUGCAGAUUGA